AUGCGGAGCGCCGCCGCCGCCGCCGCGGGGCUCUGGCUGCUGGCGUUGGGCUCGCUGCUGACGCUGUGGGGAGGGCUCCUGCCACCACGGACCGAGCUGCCAGCCUCCUGGCCGCCCGAAGAUCGACUCCUCAGGCAUCCGACCCAGAGUGGCGGCCCCGCGCCCGAACCGCGCUUCCCUCUGCCCCCGCCCCUAGCGUGGGACGCCCGCGGCGGCUCCCUGAAAACUUUCCGGGCGCUGCUCACCCUGGCGGCCGGCGCAGAUAACCCGCCUGGGAGACACCCGGACGAUCACGGGCGGCACGUGCCAGCCGGGCUGCCCGAGCCCGCGGAGCGCACGGCGGUGCACGGGGGCAUCUUCUGGAGCCGCGGUCUGGAGGAGCAGGUGCCCCGGGGCUUUUCCGAAGCCCAGGCGGCUGCGUGGCUGGAGGUGGUGCGGGGUGCUCGGGUAGUAGCCCUGGAUCGCGGAGGCUGCGGACGCAGUUCCAACCGCCUAGCCCGCUUUGCCGACGGCACCCGUGCCUGUGUACGCUAUGGCAUCAACCCGGAGCAGAUCCAGGGCGAGGCCCUGUCCUACUACCUUGCGCGCCUGCUGGGCCUCCAGCGCCACGUGCCGCCGCUGGCACUGGCUCGGGUGGAGGCUCGGGGCGCUCAGUGGGUGCAGGUGCAGGAGGAGCUGCGCGCCGCGCACUGGACCGAGGGCAGCGUGGUGAGCCUGACGCGCUGGCUGCCCAACCUCACCGACGUGGUGGUUCCUGAGCCCUGGCGAUCAGAAGACGGCCGUCUGCGGCCCCUACGCGACGCCGGGGGCGAGCUGACCAACCUCAGCCAGGUAGAGCUGGUGGACUUGGUACAGUGGACCGAUCUGAUCCUCUUCGAUUACCUGACGGCCAACUUCGACCGGCUCGUAAGCAACCUCUUCAGCUUGCAGUGGGACCCACGCGUUAUGCACCGCGCUACGAGCAACCUCCACCGAGGACCGGGAGGGGCGUUGGUCUUUCUGGACAAUGAGGCGGGUUUGGUACACGGUUACCGGGUGGCCGGCAUGUGGGACAAGUAUAACGAGCCGCUCUUACAGUCAGUGUGUGUGUUCCGAGAGCGGACUGCUAGGCGAGUCUUGGAGCUGCACCGGGGUCAAGACGCCGCGGCCCGGCUGCUGCGCCUCUACACUCGCCACGAACCACGUUUCCCAGAGCUUGCCGCGCUCGCAGACCCCCAUGCUCAGCUGCUACAGCGCCGCCUUGACUUCCUAGCCAAGCACAUUUUGCACUGCAAGGCCAAGUACGGCCGCCGGCCCGGGGACUUAAUGGCACUCCGAGGAAGAGAGGGAGUGGGUUAUGAAUGAUGGUUAGAGGGGCUGUCUUCUUUGCCACUGACUAGGACCAACCGGCCAACGCCCACACAGCGGCCUGAUCGCGAAGCUGUCUAAAAACUUGUGUUUUGCCCACUUGCCCCUUUCUUUUCAUGCCAGGCGGUUUCCAUUCCAAGUUCUGGAAGGGCAAGCUCACUGAGGCGAGAACUAUAACAUUCCCUCCACCCAGCUUUUAAAAGGGAUUCUUUUCUGUGCUUGCGUGGAGAUUGGAUCCGACGAAACUGGCUGCUGGGGUUUGGCCCCCUAAUGGCAGUCUCUAUGGGAGAUGCAGACCAUUCUUGUCCCUCCCUCCACCCCUUCCCAAAAAGGAAAACUUCCGUUUAAGCCCCUGAGCUAAUCCUGCUAUUUCCUAUCAAACACGGUACGGGUGGAAACAGAGCAGGCUGUGACAAGGGCUGGUGGAGCCCCCUUCCUGUGUUUUCCCUUUGUUCCAGCGCCGCGAUGGUGAGAUAACUGUCAGCCUGAGGGACAGCUCUGGAUAGGACAAAGAACAAGGCUCCCCCAUCCCUGGGAACCCUACAGACCCUGGCGAUUUGUCUGACUCAUUCCCCAGCUCUAGUCAUUUUGGCCUGAAGGCUGUGAAUUCAGGACUAGCUGUAUGCAGCAGAGUCAGUAAUGAAUCUCUUCCUGCUUCUCCCAGCUGACCAAAAAUAUGACAAUGAUGAUGCUCACCAGAAGAAGAAAAAAAAAUCAAUUACAUGCACUUUACUUUGUUUUUAAUUUUUUUAGUAAGAAAAACUUUUUUAUUUGACAGAUUUUGCCUUCUAUGUAUAUAUGUGCAUAAAUUGUGGUGUAAAUAGACUAAACAAACUUAUAUUUCAAUAAAAGGGAGUUUAAAGUUUAGAAUUUAA